AAAGCAAAAAAAUCCCAAGUGCAAACCGAUCCAACAUGAAGCCUCCACAAAGCGUUCGCCUCUUGGACGUACCAGACGAAGAUGACUGGACUUGUGACCCCUGCCUUCGUGAAUCGUACGAUUCGUUCCAUGCCCUUGCGAUUCCAUCGACGUAUGCCUCGUUUCCUGAUGCGUCCAUUCCCGACGGCGGCAGUCGGGCUGGACAGAGGUGGGACAAUCUCGUCACACAUUGCUACGCGGGCGUGAUGGACAUCUACGCUGCGACGUAUGUCUUUUGGAUUCACUUGAUGUCCCUGGAAACAGUUCUCGUCGUCGUCCUGGCCGCUUCGACGACCUCCGCGUACUACUACAUUGGCCUCCGAGCCAAUGGCUCGUCGUUUGGCGCCAACCUUUCAUGGACCCUGGUCACCUUUGCCAUCAUAUCCCCCAUGAUCAUGCAAAUCAAGCAAGCCUUCACGCGCCGGGAGAGCGCGCUGGAUGCGAUUGCCGAGCGUACACCUCGUUCCCGUCCACUUUACCAUCUACUGUAAUGCGACGGCUUGUAGUCAAAGCCAUCAUGUCCAACGUACUCAUGGCAAAUGCGAUUUGGGACUGGGGCAAACACGACCGCGCCAAGCUACCGCCGGACCACGCCGUCCGCACCAAAGCCAUCCUCGUUGGCAUCCUGUCAGACCUUGGGCGGGUGCUGAUGCUGCCGACAUUUACCCGCGGGCGGCAUCGGUUCACGACCUCCGGCAUGAACGAGGCGAAGGAGUUCAUGCAUGCGUUUCACUACCUCUGUCGGCGCAUCACAUUUUCCACGACGUUGCUGCACCGCCAAGUGGAAGUCAUGAAGGACGCAGGGUUACCCGCCAACGAAGCGUCCCGUAUCAACCAGUACCACUGGUACAUCCAAGCCCGCGUCGACAAGCUGUGCCAUAUCAAGCUGUACCGAACCCCGCAAGCCACGCGAUCGUUUACGCGCCUGUGCAUCCUGGCGCUGCCGCUUCUGUACGGCCCGUACUAUGUGUACAUUGCCACGGCAGGCACGACCAACUUUGCGUUUGCGCUCACGCUGAGCAUGGCCACGAGUUUGAUUAUGAUUGGCAUCUUCAAUGUCGAAAAGGCGCUGGAAGAUCCGUUCACGGAGGAAGGCCUCGACGGCGUCAAGGUCGAGCGCGCGAUGCACCGGAUACUCGACGCGUUGGACGUGGUCUUGCCGCCUUCAACCACCCCCCGUGCCAAGAAAUAGAAUUCUACCACCACCACCAUGUCGAUGAUGACGACGACGUGGCUAUUGUUGUGUUCAUGUUAAAAGUGUA